AUGUCGUACUGCAAGGUAUUUGGCAAGGAUGAAGUUAUGUUUGUUACCAAAGAAGAUCAUGCAACACCUAGUACUGUUGAGUUGCCACCACCAGAGCCACCACAAGGUCUUAUAACCAGUGAUGGAGAAAUUAAUUGGGGUUGCCCAUGUCUAGGAGGCAUGGCUACGGGUCCAUGCGGUGUUGAAUUUCGUGAUGCAUUUUCUUGCUUUCAUUAUAGCAAGGCAGACCCGAAAGGCUCCGAUUGUUUCGAAGCUUUUAGAGCAAUGCAAGAUUGUUUUGUACAAUAUCCCACAGUAUACAAUAAGUCUUCCGGUAACGAUGAAGAUGAAGAGGAGGGUGGAUUAAACAUGUUAAAUUUGGAAGAAGCUGAAAAAGAGACAUCAACCGAGGUUCCUAGUGUGGAGGGUACGGCCGUACUUAACAAGAAAGAAAAUUAAGCUAUGUGGGGUUGGGGGAAAAAAGUGUACGUUUAAAGUCGAGGAAACUUUUCUUCAAUCAACUAUGAAAUUCGCCAGACAAAUAUGAAUUAAUAUAAUUUUGUUAUGAUUGCAUUUUCAUAUACAAUUUUUAAAUGUUCACGGUUACCUUGAAAUAGUUUUUUAGUAAUAGUUGUCAAUAUAAUUAAAAAUCUGAAAUAUAGAAAUGUAUAUUAUUCCAAACACUUAAAUAUAUAUUUUGUUUCUAAAAAACAAUAAA